AUGUUAUUAAUGAGUGAUUUCUCAGCUUCAGAUCCCAGAGCAGUUUUAAGUGUUUCUCCACAGACGUGGUUGACUGAAGGAGAUCCAGUGACUCUGAUCUGUGAGGUUAACGGCUCCUCUACAGGCUGGACAUUCAGCUGGUUCACUGAUACUGGUUCAUCAGACAGCAGAUAUCGUUAUGAUCUGCUCUCAGACAGCAGCAGAGGAGCUGGAGGAAACUACACUGUCAGUUCUGCUGCUCUAAAACACACAGGAGUUUAUGUGUGCAGAGCAAAGAGAGGAGAACCAGCCUAUAACACAACCAUCAGCAACAAACAGCCACUUUGGGUCACUGGUGUUUCUCCUCCAGUCUCUCUGAUCGUCAGACCCAACAGAACUCAACACUUCACAUCUGACUCUCUCUCUCUGAGCUGUGAGGACCAGAGUAACUCUACUGGAUGGACAGUGAGAAGAUACACAGACAGCUGGGAGAAGCUGGAAGAUUGUUCAUCAUCAGUGUCGGGAUCACAAACAGGAUCUACAUGUACAAUCAGCCCCACCAUCACACAUGACACUGGAGUGUACUGGUGUGAGUCUGAAUCUGGAGAGAAAUAUCAUCCUGUUAAUAUCACUGUACACCCUGAUGUGAUUCUGGAGAGUCCUGUUCAUCCUGUGACUGAAGGAGAAACUCUGACUCUACGCUGUUUAGAUCGACACACAACUCCACCAAACCUCAGAGCUGAUUUCUAUAAAGAUGGGUCACUCAUCCAGAGUCAAACUACAGAGAUGAUCAUCUCUACUGUCUCAAAGUCACACGAGGGUUUCUACUCCUGCAAACACCGAGAGAGAGGAGAGUCACCCAAGAGCUGGAUCUCAGUCACAGCGUCUCAUUCAGGAUCUCAGAUCUCUGUCCUCCACACACUCAGUUCUGUUCUGGCAGUUUCUCCAUAUCUGCUAGUGACAGUCGUGCUGAUUUUCAAAUGCUGCAGGAUGAGAGCUGCAUCUGUUGAAGAGCAAGAACCUGCAAUCUGAUAUUAAUCUGUCGUGAUGGUGAGAAAACUUCAGCUUCAUCCUGGAUUCUCUCAGUCACAAGUUUGGACUGAACAUGAUUACUUACUGUAAUUUUGAGAGUGACUCCUUUUGGCAUCUCACAGUUGUUAAAGUCAACAUGAAGCAGCAUCUCAACCCUUUUGACUUCUGAGUGAAACAGGAUAUUCAACGAGAAAAUGUGUAGCGAAGAACUUGAUUUUAUCCAUCAGGAAUUAAUUGGAUUGUAAAAAAAAAUUAUAUACAUUGCUUUGUUUAUCUUUGGAAUAGCUAAGAAAUUUAAUAAGGUACAUUUUGAUAUUACAUUGAUUUAAAAAAAAGACAUGGAUGCCACAUUGUAUAAUGCCUCGUUUUUUAAAAAUGUGAUAGCAUACUGACUGAACUAAACAGUUUGUUCAUACAGGGUUCCCACGGGUCCUUGAAAUCCUUGAAAGUUUGUGAAUCUGAUAAAAAAUUUUCAAGGCCCUGGAAAGUUUUUGAAAAUAAACAAACAUAGAUACAGGUCCUUGAAAAUUCCAUAUUAUUCCCUCCGGGUCCGCUAAUGUUAUUUUGCCAACACUUUGUGCAUACUAGCUAGCUUGAUUUACAUUGCACAUUUAUGCGUUACGUUAAGUGUUUCCCACGUGAGGUACUCUGUGUUGUUUGUUGCCAUGACGUUCACAUGCACACGAAACUACUAAGAUGGUACCUCAAUGUUUCACAGACACACUGUGAAACAUUGCAAAAAUAGGCUGAAACGUGAUGACUGGAAAAUGCAAGUUUCAAGAUAUUUGGCUCACCAAAGAAGAUUACAAAGAAUGGCUUGCCAGAGAUCCAAAGGAUGUAAUGUUGAAUUGCUUUGCUUGUUAAGAUAAUGUAAAGCCAUGAGGCAAGAAAAACUUAAAAGCAUAUUCAUAUAUCUUAAAGGGGUCAUAUAAUGGUACAUGCACUUUUACAAGUUGAUUGUACUGAAAUGUGUGUUAGCAACCAUCAUAAAAUGAUAAAAAUCCAUCCAGUGUUUUUUUUUUAAUCUCCUUAUUUGUUUUACCCUGUCUCAAAUCAAGCCGUUCGACCGUGUGACGCCACACGGUCGGACGCCCCUCCCACGAUGGUUGAUUGACAGCAGUGUUUCAACACAGACCCGCCCUUGCUCGUGAGCGAGCUGUCAAUCAUAGUCCGCGCGUCAUUGUUGAUAUACGCUGGAGCUGUCUAUGAGCAGAAUGGCGUCUAAGCGAUUGUGGUGUUCUGUUCUCGGGUGCAAUAAUGAACACAGCAGUCAUUUUGAUGUUCCUAAGUCCGAACCGCUGAAGACACAGUGGCUGAGUUUUGC